AUGAAUAAGACACUUCCACAAUAUGACUACUACAAAGCCUUAGAACUCACUUCGUCUGCCUCUACUGAAGAGAUAAAGAAAGCUUAUAAGAAAUUAGCUUUAAAAUACCAUCCCGAUAAGCAUAAAAGAAAGGCUUCCAUUAAUGAAAUCAAUAAUCAAUUUAUUUUGAUAAGUGAAGCUUAUACAGUUCUGGCAGAUGAACGGUCUAGAGAACGUUAUGACUAUAUUCGUUGUAUGGGAAAAACUCCGGAACAUGAGGAAGAAUUUAAUCCAUUGCACGAGAUAUUUCGCGAAAUAAUGUCUAAAAAGGAACAGAUAGUUGAGCUUUCCGAAUCAUUUACAAAUUUCGCUAUAUCAAUGUGCUGGAUAACAUCAAAUGCUAAUUCAUGUGAAAAUAAAGAUAAACUAUUCAGUACAUUUGAAAAAGAAAUAUCAUUAAUUGAAUCAAGUAUACUUAAUGAAGAUGUAAAUCUUUGCGAACCAACCUCAUCAAAUGAAAACCUUUCUGAUUUUGAAUUUUCAAUUAAAUAUUUACCCGAAGACGAUAUUGUUCAAAUUAUGGAAAGUCCUCAAUGGAUUUUGAUUGAUAAAGAAACGUUAAUAUUAACAGAAUUUUCUGAGGCUCACAUGUUGCUUGUUGAAUCGGUUACAACAUUUGUUUAUCCAUUGAUGAUGGCUUGUACUUAUGGGACUGGGACUUGGAAAAACGACCAAGGGAUUAGCUUAUUGCGUAGAGUUAUGACAUUAAUGACGCAAAUUAUAAAAUAUCUUGAAUUCAUAAUUCAAUUAACAAAAACUAAUGGAAAAGAAUUUGAAUCUAUAGCUAAUAAGAUGAAAACUGAGAAUAUCCAAACGCAUAUUACAAAUUUAACAUUUCAUCCAAUUUUAUCCAAAAUUUCCAAAGGUCGAUUAGGACGGAAUUAUUAUCCUCUAAUUAGUAUUGCGGCUUGGCUUGGACCAUCUCUUGCUGGACAAUCGCUUUACUGGUGGACAAUUUUGGCAGUUUUUCUUUAUAGUAUAUUAAUUUCGCAUCAUAAUGAAGGAGAUUUUGAAAGCUUUCAGCAAUUCUUGGAUCUUUUUGAAGAAAUCAUUUCUCUUUUGAAUCAUAUACAAGAUGAAAUAAUGAAUCAGCAAAGAAAUCUUAAACAUUAA